GGAUUGUCUGGCUCGACAGCGGGCAUCGGGUCACCAGGUAUGACAGCGGGCACUGGGUCACCAGGCAUCAGGUCAUUUGGCUUGCCAGCGGGUCACCAGGCAUUGGAUCGUCUGGCUCGACAGUGGGCAUCGGGUCACCAGGUAUGACAGCGGGCACUGGGUCACCAGGCAUCAGGCACCGCGUCAUCUGGCAAGGCAGUGGGCACCGGGUCACCAGGCAUUGGAUUGUCUGGCUCGACAGCGGGCAUCGGGUCACCAGGCAUCAGGUCAUUUGGCUCGCCAGCGGGCACCGCGUCAUCUGGCAAGGCAGUGGGCACCAAGUCACCAGGUACGACAGCGGGCUCUGAGUCAAUUGGCACGACAGCGGGCACCGGAUCAGGUACCGGAUCAUCUGGAUCAACAGCGGGCAUCGAGUCAACUGGCCUAAUAGGAUCGUCAGGCUGGAUCAGUUCAUCAUGCUGGGUAGAGGCAUCAGGCUGAAUGCCGGGCUGGCCAGCGGG